CCAAAUACAUGGGCGGGCGCUGUUAAGCGGAUUUCAAGCCAGGCAGUCAUCUUCUUUCUCAGCCCAACUGCAAACUGGAUACGCCCUCAGACUCAGAAUGUGGCCGUUACCGUUGGAUGGUCCUUAGGAUCGCCCCGAUAUAAUCCGAUGCCUACUGAACUAUGCGAACUUGAUAAGGCGGCCCCACUGGUUGCGACAGUCUGUCCCGGUUUUACAAAACCAUCGCCAUUUGUGACCUCUGCAGAUUUUUAGUAUUAUUAUAAGGCUACUACACUACUACCUUGACCUACCUACUAUGAUCUCCAAAUGUCUGUUUGUUUAAUUUCACUUCAGUGCAGUGGUUUGUUUACGUAAAGGGCUUAGAUUUUCUCUUUUCUCUGGGUUCAUCUCAUAUUCUCAUUCCUUCCCCUGAAACUUCAAUGGCGUCCAUUCCCUGUAGUAUUCAACUAAUAUUGCCUUCAACAACUAACACUAGUUAUCUUUCUUCUUCGUCUGAGUCCAAAUUUAGUUCUAAAUUUCUGGGCAUUCGAAAGAGGCUUGGAUGGUUUAGAGCUUGCAGAAUAGGGUCCAAAAUCGGACCCUGCAGCGGUUCCAGAGCCAAGUGCUGGUUCAAAUUCGGAACCAACGGUGUCGACGCUGAAGGUGCUGGGAUAUACGGUAGCCAAGGUCGAGAUGAUUACGAUCGAGAUGACGUUGGACAGUAUUUCGAGUACAUGGGGAUGCUGGCGGCAGAGGGUUCAUAUGAUAGAAUGGAGUCUCUUCUCAGCCAGAACGUACACCCUGUGGACGUCCUGUUGAUGAUGGCUGCUUCGGAAGGUGACAAGCCCAAGAUCGAGGAGCUCUUGAGAGCUGGAGCUCUUUACACCGUCAAGGGUUCUGAUGGCAAGACCGCACUCGAUCAAUCCACCGACGAAAUCAAGGAAUUCAUCCUCUCUUUUUCAGCUCAGAAGGCAUGAAAGAUUAAAAAACAACAGCUUAGAAGUUAUAACUCAGAAGGCUUCCCCUUUUACAUAUAUAGAAUUUCACUACUCUGAAGUAUUUUUGUACCUUCCAUGUAUUAAAGAUUUGCUCAGAAGAUGCAACGAGACUGGAGACUGCUCUGUCUAUUGGCUUACUCUUGCCAGAGACAGGGACAGGGUUUUGAUUUUGA